UGACAUAUAAACAAAAAAAGAAAAAAGAGAACGAAAAAAAAACUGCAGAAAAUUGUUGACAUUCGAUUUUUAUUGAAAAAAUCUGUAAAUUUAUUAAAAAACUAAUAUAAAACUUUCAAAUAGUUUGUGAAACACAUAAAAAUGGCAUCUUGCAUGUCAGAAAAGCAAUUACAACAAAAUAAUAAUGAAACCAUGGAUACAAGUGAUGACGAUGAUGAUGCCCUAAAAGAUUCAGAAUUAGAAGAGGAACCAGACAAGACGCAAUUACAACAGACAGAGGAAAAUUUUAAUUUCCCGAAUAGUAGCACUUGUUGGGUUUGCAAUGGUUAUUAUGGUCCCAAUUUCGGUGAACCUUUGUGCGGCACCUGUCAUGCCUUCUUAUACAAUACUGAACCGGCUGAAGAGCUGGAGACUACUAUAUCCGAUGAUGAAGAUUCCGGCAAUGAUGAGCCGCCAUUUAAAGAUAAAACCGAAGAAAAUGAUGACGAUGAUGAGCCGGAAGACGAGGUAGAUGAAGUGGAGGAAGACAGAGAUGUCAACGAUGAGGAUGUGGAAGAUGUGGUAGAUGAUGUGGAAUUGGAGGUGGACAACGAUAUGAUUGAAAUACCAGCUGUAGAGGUGGGAGUUAAUAUGGAAAAUGAUAAUGCUGAAAGAGCAUUACCACCGGCUUUGCCUUUAGAGCGCCCCAGACCCUCGGCACAACCUUCCUUGCCGCAAUUGAUGGAACUAUUAAGUGAACCACAUGCCAAUGCCUCGGAAAUGGCUACUGGCUCUGCCACGCAGGCGGUAAGACCCAACAAUAUAUUAUCUUUACCGGUGGAAAUUAUGGUUAUCAUCUUUUCCUAUUUGGAUGAUAUGUCCAUGUGGAAAGCCAGUGAGGUGUGCAAACAAUGGCAAAAUAUUAUUGCUCAAAAUACUUCCCAGCAAAUGUGGCGCAAAUAUUUCAAAGAACGUUGGCCACUCUUUCAAAGUUUAGUCGAGGUACACGAUUGGAUGAAACUCUAUGGUUCGUUGAUGUCUUCUUGCUUUUGUCGUUCGUGCCUGUUGCAAAUGGCUUUAAAAAGUCCACCACGUGGUCGUCAAAACGCCAUUCGUGCAAAUUUUCUACGUAAUGACUUUCGCCUGUUGAAUAGUUAUGCCACAGAGGGCAUAGAGGCUAUACCGCUAGAUAAGCAGAAUACAUACUGGCAGGCCAGUAUUCUGGGACCACCUGGUAGUCCUUAUGAAGGUGGUAAAUUUUUCAUAUAUAUAUUCUUUCCCGAAAGAUAUCCCAUGAUACCACCCACAGUGCGUUUUUUAACAAAAAUCUUACAUCCAAAUGUUUCACGACAUGGUGAUGUAGGUAUUGAUAUAUUCCAACAUAAUUGGUCAUUGGCUUUAAAUGUUUCCAAGGUUUUACUGUCUGUACAAAGUUUGUUAACUGAUCCAUAUACCGAGGUUUGCAUGGAACCCGAUUUAGGCUAUAUGUAUGAACACAAUCGUCCUCGCUUCGAGUCAUUGGCUAGAUCUUGGACUUGGAAAUUUGCUAUGUUUGAAUUAAUACCACCACGUUAAUUACAAAAUCGGUUUCUUAAGCACUUUAUACAAAAUUUAUUUGAUAUACAUUUUGAAUUGUCUUUUUUUUGUUGUUUUUACAAAUGCAUUGUUUUAUAUUCCCUAAGCUUUUUAAAAGUUUUUAUUUUAUUAUUAUUUUGAAAAAGAAAAUGAUUCCUUCUUUAGUUUUUCAUUUAAAUGAAAAGUAAAACCUUUUUUUUAUAAAACAUAAGUUACUAUUAUUUUAGUAUGUAUUAUAUAUCUUAUACGUUUAAAUUUUGUAUAUGU